AUGGGUAAUAUAAUGAUGUUAUCAAAGCUCUUGUGUACGAGUUUAGACAUGAGUACGGUUUAUCACCCGCAAACGGAUGGGCAAACAGAAGUUACUAACCGUGCUCUUGUCUAUGGUUUCAUUCCUCUUGGUCCUUUGGACCUUACUACGCUACUAGAUCAGUCUCUCUUUCAUGGUCAGGUCGCCGACUUCAUUGAAGAUCUACAAGACGUGCACAAACAAGCCAAGUUGCGCCUAGAAGAUUCUUCGAGCAAAUAUAAGGCUGCAGCUGAUACUAAGCGUCUUGUUUUGGAGUUCAACCCGGGAGAUUUGGUGUGGGUUUACCUGACCAAGGAGCGCUUACCUCUCAAGGAAUACAACAAAAUUUUCAUCUCGGAAGAUUGGUCCUGUCGAAGUUGUGGAGCGUAUCAAUGCAAAUGCUUACCGGGUUCUUCUUCCGCCGCAUUGCGUACGUCCAAUGUGUUCAAUGUGAAGCACUUAUCUCCAUAUCGUGGGGACAAUGACGAGCUGGAUUCGAGGCCUAAUCCUUCUCCACCUGGAGGGACCUGA